CCGGUGCCGGUUAUGUUUCUGCUGAAUUUCCCAUUCUUCUUGAGUCCUCUUGUGUCAAUACCGUCUUUGACUCGAGCGCGCUCCCGUCCUCGCAGAAUUCUGGACCAUGUACCGAGGUGCAGCAGCCAAGAGCUUCCGCGAAUUGGGCUCGGGAGUGCGCACUGAUCAGGCGCUCACCAGCUCGCCAUAGUCGAGGUGGGUUCGCAUGCGCGGCUGUGUAUGAGAUUGGGAAACCCCGAUAUAGCAUGGGGACGCGCACCCUUUAUAAGAGGACGUGUCUUGCGUCCUCCUCCCAUCCGUCCCACUUCUCAACCAUAUACACUUGACACCCCCAUCAUGUCCGAAACCCCCUUCAAGAUCGCCAUCCCCGACGACCGCCUCGCGCUCCUCCAAAAGAAGCUCGAGCUCACCAUCUUCCCCGACGAGCUCGAGGACGCGGGCCGCGACUACGGCUCCCCGCUCGCCGACAUCAAGCGCCUCGCCGCGCACUGGCGCAGCGGGUUCGACUGGCGCAAGCAGGAGGCCGCGCUCAACGCGGACCUCCCCCAGUUCACGCGCGACAUCGCCGUCGACGGACACGGGACGCUCAACGUGCACUACGUGCAUGUCAGGAGCGCCAAGGCUGGCGCGAUUCCGCUCCUGUUCGUGCAUGGCUGGCCGGGUAGCUUCAUCGAGGCACGGAAGAUCGCGCCGCUUCUGGCGGAGGGCGCGGAGGGCCAGCCGAGCUUCCACGUCGUCGCGCUCAGCCUUCCCGGCUUUGGCUUCUCGGAGCAGCCGCAUAAGAGGGGAUUUGCCAUCCCUCAGUACGGCGAGGUCGCUCACAAACUGAUGCUGGCGCUUGGGUACGAGACGUAUGUCACUCAGGGAGGCGACUGGGGUGCUGGGAUCACACGCUACAUGUCGCUAGCCUACGGCGUCAAGCACGUCAAGGCGUGGCACACUAACAUGCCUACUUCCUUCGGCCCCGAUCCCCCCAACGUCCAGCUUACGCCCGAAGAGCAGGAACAGGCCAAGUUGGGCGUGCAAUGGCGCGAGAAGGAGGGCGCGUAUCUGCGGCUACAGUCGACCAAGCCGCAGACCCUCGGCUACGGCAUGACCGACUCGCCCGUCGGGCUGUUGGCGUGGAUCUACGAGAAGCUGGUGUCGUGGACGCACAACUAUCCGUGGACGGAUGAUGAAGUCCUCACCUGGAUCUCCAUCUACUGGUUUUCCCGCGCCGGCCCCACCGCGUCCUUCCGCAUCUACUACGAGUCCUUCUCCGCGAUCGCGAAGGCGGCCGCGGCGGGGCAGGCUCUCCCGCCGCCGAGCUCGAUCCCGCUGGGCUUUACGAUCUUGCCGGGCGAGAUUGUGAUUUCGCCGAAGCCUAUCCGCGACCUCCUCGGCAACGUCGUCUUCGAGGAGAAGCACGACAAGGGCGGGCACUUCGCCGCGUACGAGGUCCCUGAGAUCCUCGUGGGCGACCUGCGGAAGAUGUACGCGAAGGGCGGACCGGCGUAUGGGGUGGUGGAGGGGAAGGAUGGGUAUUGAGUAUGGUGGGAUGAAGAAUGAAGAACGUAGCAAUGUGUAUGUGUGUUCAGAGUUCCGGCUUCGACACCUCACUAAUCAGUCUUGUACUUUCAGAUGUAACCAUGUAGAAUAGCUCGACGAAUCAGGAAGUUUGCUUGGUCAGAGUC